AUGGCCUCCGAACUUCGACGCCGAGCAGUCGGUGCAGACGCCCCGUCCGAAACCCCGUCGCCCGCUCCCUCCCGGGACGUGAGCCCCUCCAAAUCCGAGCAGAAGGCCAAGGUCUCGCGUCAGGUCACGCUCAAGGAGAAGACGCGGAAGAGGCGGACCACCUUCAUCUUCCUCAUGGGAAGCUUGUUCGGCCUGAUCGCCGCCGGCUUCCUGGCCAAGAGCAAUGAUCUGAUAGAUUUCCCCGAGAUCGGGGAGCUCAGCGUCGACAGCUUCAUGGAUGUGCUGCCUGCUGGGCUCGUCAAGGAUAUGCGGGAUCUUGUGAAAGGCGAGCGAGACUUCGCCGACAGCUACGACGCCUUCUCGGUUGGCAUCAAGGCUCGAUCCGAGGGCCUGACCGCCCACCACCCCAUCAUCAUGAUCCCCGGCACUAUCUCCACCGGUCUCGAGUCCUGGGGCACCGCGAACAUCUCCCGUCCCUACUUCAGAAAAAGGCUGUGGGGUAGCUGGACCAUGAUGAAGGCCCUCGUCAUGGACAAGGAGGGCUGGAAGAAGCACAUCAUGCUGGAUAAGAGAACAGGGCUCGAUCCCCCCGGCGUCAAGCUGAGGGCCGCCCAGGGCUUCGAUGCCGCCGACUUCUUCAUAACUGGAUACUGGAUCUGGAACAAGAUAUUCGAGAAUCUUGCCUCCCUCGGGUACGAUCCCACCAACUCAUUUACGGCAGCUUACGAUUGGAGGCUCUCGUACCAGAAUCUUGAAACCCGCGAUCAGUAUUUCACUCGGCUCAAGACCCACAUCGAGAUGGCGCACCAGUUCUCCGGGAAGAAGGUUGUCCUGGCCUCACAUUCCAUGGGAGGCCAGGUCCUGUUCUACUUCCUCCACUGGGUUGCCUCGCCAAGGGGUGGCGGGGGUGGCGACAACUGGGUCGAGACCUAUGUUGAAGCCUGGAUCAACAUCAGUGGCUGUAUGCUCGGCGCUGUGAAGGACUUGACGGCUAUCUUGUCUGGGGAGAUGAGGGAUACGGCACAGAUGAACGCCUUCGCCGUUUACGGCCUCGACCAGUUCCUCAACAAGGACGAAAGAGCCGAGAUAUUCCGCGCCAUGCCCGGGAUCUCGUCCAUGAUGCCCCUCGGCGGCGACCGCGUGUGGGGGAACCUCACCUGGGCGCCAGACGACCUUCCGGGCCAGAAGCACUCCUUUGGCUCGUUGCUCAACUUCCGAGCGGGCGGGAAUUGGUCAAUUCCGGAGAGAAAUCUCACCGUGGAGGGUUCUAUGGAGUACCUCAUGAACACCACCGAGGAUUGGUACCAGGACAUGAUCAAGUCCAGCUACUCCCACGGCGUCGCCGACACGGCGGCUGAGGUCAAUGCCAACGAGGAUGACCCAAGAAAGUGGAUCAACCCGCUGGAAACCCGCUUACCACUGGCACCGUCCCUCAAGGUGUUUUGUUUCUAUGGCGUGGGAAAGCCAACUGAACGAGCCUACUACUAUCGCCCGCCGGACGUCCCUCCUCUGACGAACCUCAACAUCACCAUCGAUACGGGUCUCAUCGUCGAUGAUAUCGAUCACGGUGUCAUCAUGGGUGAGGGUGACGGGACUGUCAAUUUGCUCAGUACUGGAUACAUGUGUUCAAAGGGCUGGCACUUGAAGCGGUACAACCCCGCUGGCGUCAAGGUAACUGUCUACGAGAUGCCGCACGAGCCCGAGCGAUUCAAUCCGAGAGGUGGGCCCAACACAGCAGACCAUGUGGACAUCUUGGGAAGGCAGAACCUGAACGAGUUGCUUCUCCGGGUCGCAGCAGGCAAGGGCGACACGAUCCAGCCAAACAUCGUCAGUAACAUCCUCCAGUACGCGGAGAAAGUCAAGGUGUACGAAGAAGGCGAGGAACCCAACGAGGAAUGA